CUGUAUUCUUCCUUUUUUUACCUUUUAUCUUCGAGGCUGAUCCUCGUUUGACUGUCGUGUGCUUCUAUUACUGCAUUGACAGUCCUCCCUGUAUACUAUCUUCAUACUAUCUUGUUUCAAAAAGUUUGAAUUGCUGAAUACUGCCAUCAUGUCUUACAUUGAGGAAGAAGACCAGAGAUACUGGGACGAGGUUGCUGCUGUCAAGAACUGGUGGAAGGACUCUCGAUGGAGGUACACCAAGCGCCCUUUUACUGCUGAGCAGAUUGUGGCCAAGCGUGGAAACCUGAAGAUCGAGUACCCCUCAAACGUCCAGGCGAAGAAGCUGUGGGGAAUCCUGGAGCGUAACUUCAAGAACAAGGAAGCUAGUUUCACCUAUGGCUGUCUUGACCCGACAAUGGUCACCCAGAUGGCCAAGUACCUCGACACCGUCUACGUCUCCGGCUGGCAGAGUUCUUCUACUGCCUCGUCCACCGAUGAGCCCUCUCCCGAUCUUGCAGACUACCCUAUGAACACCGUGCCAAACAAGGUCAACCACCUGUGGAUGGCCCAGCUCUUCCACGACCGAAAACAGCGCGAGGAGCGCAUGACUACCCCCAAGGACCAGCGUCACAAGGUCGCCAACGUUGACUACCUUCGUCCCAUCAUCGCCGACGCUGAUACCGGCCAUGGUGGUCUUACUGCUGUGAUGAAGCUGACCAAGCUCUUCGUCGAGCGUGGUGCUGCUGGUAUCCACAUUGAGGACCAGGCCCCCGGUACCAAGAAGUGCGGUCACAUGGCUGGUAAGGUGCUUGUGCCCAUCAGCGAACACAUCAACCGCCUGGUGGCUAUCCGUGCCCAGGCUGACAUCAUGGGCACCGACCUGCUUGCCAUUGCCCGUACCGACUCCGAGGCUGCUACCCUCAUCACAUCCACCAUUGACCACCGUGACCACCCCUUCAUCAUCGGCUCCACCAACCCCGAUAUCCAGCCCCUCAAUGACCUAAUGGUCAUGGCCGAACAGGCCGGCAAGAACGGCGCCGAGCUCCAGGCCAUCGAAGACGAGUGGCUUGCUAAGGCCGGCCUGAAGCUCUUCAACGACGCUGUCGUUGAUGCCAUCAACAACAGCCCGCUCCCCAACAAGAAGGCCGCUAUUGAGAAGUACCUCACCCAAUCCAAGGGCAAGUCCAACCUCGAGGCCCGCGCUAUUGCCAAGGAAAUUGCCGGCACAGACAUCUACUUCGACUGGGAAGCCCCUCGCACUCGUGAGGGUUACUACCGUUACCAGGGCGGCACCCAGUGCGCCAUCAACCGCGCUGUCGCCUACGCCCCCUUCGCUGACCUCAUCUGGAUGGAAAGCAAGCUCCCCGACUACAAGCAGGCCAAGGAGUUUGCCGACGGAGUCCACGCCGUUUGGCCCGAGCAGAAGCUCGCUUACAACCUCUCCCCAUCCUUCAACUGGAAGAAGGCCAUGCCCCGUGACGAGCAGGAGACCUACAUCAAGCGUCUCGGCGCCCUCGGUUACGCCUGGCAGUUCAUCACUCUCGCCGGUCUGCACACCACCGCGCUCAUCUCCGAUACCUUCGCCAAGGCCUACGCGAAACAGGGCAUGCGUGCGUACGGUGAGCUCGUGCAGGAGCCUGAGAUGGCUAAUGGAGUUGAUGUCGUCACGCACCAGAAGUGGUCUGGUGCCAACUAUGUUGAUAACAUGCUUAAGAUGAUCACUGGUGGUGUGAGCAGUACGGCAGCGAUGGGCAAGGGUGUGACAGAGGAUCAGUUCAAGUCAUGAUUUGUUAGCUUGUUCAUUUAUUAUGGGUUUGGGUUUGGCUAAAGUAAAUGCAUCAUCAUUUUUUGUACAUUGAAUGGAAAA